GCUGCAAUUUGCUCUAUAUCCGCCUCCAUGCCUGCUCGAACACCCGUGCUCUAAAACAUACCCCGCAAUAUGUGUUGAUCGCUCCCCCACAAACAUCUGCCAUCAUGAGUGUACGGUGCUGAGUACAUGCGAGACCGUGUGAGGCAGCCGCUGCGGGAUUACUAUAUCCGGGCUGCGGAACGCGCGGAUAUAGAGGCCCGUUCAAAACCGGAAAACCGAGCAUAAAACGUUCGUGGCUGCACUGGCCAUUGCAACCGCAUCAUCAUCACCAUCAUCUCAGCACGCACUCCUCACCCCGCCCUACUACCGCUUACUCCCCCUCGCAACCAUUUCUCCCCCGCAAGCCCGUCUCAAGGCCGUACUCGCCGCAAUGGAUCCCAGCCAGGUCAAGAUUCCGCCGAUGAAGGACCUCACGGCCGACAACAUCACCGAGAACACCAUCAUCAUCAACUCGCAGGGCCCUGAUAGGCGUCUGCAGUACCUGCUCGAGCGUCUCGUUACGCAUCUCCAUGACUUUGCCCGCGAGACCCGCCUCACCACUGAGGAGUGGAUGGCCGGAAUCAUGUUCCUCACUGCCGUCGGACAGAUCUGCUCGGAUACUAGACAGGAAUUCAUUCUCCUCUCGGACGUCCUCGGCCUAUCCACGCUCGUCGAGAACAUCAAUCACCCCAAGCCGGCAAACGCAACGGAGGGCACCGUUCUCGGCCCGUUCCACACGGAAGACGCGCACGAGUUCGCACACGGGGACAGCAUCUGCAGCGACGGCAAAGGUGAAGCCUGUCUCGUACGCUGCACGUUGAAGGACACCACCGGCGCGCCGAUCGCCAACGCCUCCGUCGACAUCUGGGAGACGGACGAGACGGGCCACUACGAUACGCAGUACGCCGAUAGGUCGUUCCCGGACUGCCGCGGGAUCCUCAAAACGGAUGAUGAGGGCAACUUCUGGUUCCGCGCCAUCCGCCCGGUCCCCUACCCGAUCCCCCAUGAUGGCCCUGUGGGCAAGAUGCUCGAGAUGGUACAUAGACAUCCAUACAGGCCGAGUCAUAUGCACUUCAUGAUCAUCGCGAAGGGCUACGAUACCCUGGUGACCUCACUGUACAUCCGCGGCGACCCGUACGAGACGUCGGACGCGGUGUUUGGCGUGAAGUCGUCGCUGAUCAUCGACGUGGGCAAGGUUGAGGACCCGGCGGUGGCGGAGAAGUACGGCGUCGAUGCCAACGACUGGGCAAUCAACUACGACUUUGUCCUCGUUAGCGAUAAGGAGGCUAGGGAGCUUAAGCUUAAGAACGCCCAGGAGGCGCUGAAGGCUCUCGGAAGUACCGCGCAGGUGCUGAAUGGGCUGCCGGUGGCGGAUUUGGAUUAGGCAUGGGAUGAGGGUGCGGUUUUUGCUGGUUUGGUUUGGUUUGGAUGGGAUUUGUUUGUACUGUUAUGCUCUGAGCAGGGAAUGAAUUGCGCGGGUUUCGCAUUCAUACAUUGGUUCGCCCGCGGCAGAUGAGAUG